GGAAGAGCUUGAAGGCUUGAGGUGACUGGCAAUGUGAAGGAACAAAGUAGGCUCAGUUAUAGCAAACCCAGUGAAGAAACCCCAUCACUAUCACAGUUCAGAGAUUAAAGAAAACGAUGAUUAUCUUAAAGACUAGACUAAUGUGAUAAUGCUGCUGAUCUACACUACUUUAUUGCUGUCUUUAGUAGAUAAUAGUAUAUUAGAGCUCAUACUAAAGAACUCGAAGAACUCAUGGACACGAUAUUAUAGCAGCCAAGUUAUCAACACUUGCUAUGAGGUUUGCGCAGCUUAAUCAACAAAUUAAGAGGUUUUCUGAACUUCACAACAUCAUUCAUGGACCAGUGUUUGAAUUUUUUAUCAAUAAUGACAAAAUUCACAAGUACAGAGCUUUUAAUUUA